AUUUAUUUAGUUAUGUUAGGUUUUUAGUGUAGGUUACACAUGUAAUUAGUUUCAUAUUGUUAGUUAUAAUUUUUUGUAGUAAUUAAGGUUUAUUUGUUUAUUUUUAUUUUUUAAAUUAUUCGUGAAUAUAACCAAGAUGAGAGAAAUAGUUCAUAUACAAGUCGGUAGAUGUGGAAAUCAGAUCGGUUCAAAGUUCUGGGAGGUGAUAUCAGACGAGCACGGCAUCGACCCGGCGGGUUGUUGUUUAGGAGAGUCCCAACUGCAGCUCGAGCGCGUCAACGUGUACUACACGGAGGCGGCCGGGUACAAGUACGUGCCGCGCGCCGUGCUCGUAGACCUCGAGCCCGGCACCAUGGACUGCAUCCUCGCAGGCCCCUACGGCACACUCUUCUGCCCAGACAACAUCGUCUACGGCAUGACCGGGGCCGGUAACAACUGGGCCAAGGGACACUUCACGGAAGGCGCCGAACUACUUGAACCGACGCUGGACGUAGUGAGGAAGGAAGCCGAGGGCUGCGACUGCCUGCAAGGCUUUCAGCUCGUCCACUCGUUGGGCGGCGGCACCGGAUCCGGACUAGGCACGUUGCUUCUGUCCAAUUUAAGAGAGGAAUAUCCCGACAGAAUUGUGAUGACAUUUUCCGUGGUCCCCAGUCCCAAAGUAUCGGACACAGUGGUCGAGCCGUACAACGCGACGCUGUCUCUAAACCAGCUGAUAGAAAAUACGGAUCAGUCGUUCUGCAUAGACAACGAGGCCCUGUACGAUAUUUGCUUCCGAACGCUCAAGCUGCCAAUGCCGACGUACGGCGACCUCAACCACUUGGUCUCAAUGAUGAUGUCCGGCGUGACCACGUGUCUGCGGUUUCCGGGCCAGUUGAACGCAGACCUGCGCAAAUUGGCCGUCAAUAUGGUGCCGUUCCCGAGGCUGCAUUUCUUCAUGCCGGGUUUUGCGCCGCUGACGUCACGCGGCAGCCAGCAGUACCGCGCGCUGAGCGUUUCCGAGCUUACUCAACAAAUGUUCGACGCCAAAAACAUGAUGGCGGCGUGCGACCCGCGCCGCGGCCGCUAUCUCACCGUGGCCGCAGUAUUCCGCGGUCGCAUGUCCAUGAAAGAGGUGGACGAGCAGAUGCUAAACGUACAAACAAAGAACAAAGACUUCUUCGUCGGUUGGAUACCUAACAACGUAAAAACGGCCGUUUGUGACAUCCCACCACGCGGCCUCAAAAUGUCGGGCACGUUUAUCGGUAAUUCCACCGCUAUCCAGGAACUGUUCAAGCGUAUCUCGGAGCAGUUCGCAGUGAUGUUUAGGCGGAAGGCGUUCGUGCAUUGGUACACGGGCGAGGGCAUGGAUGAGAGCGACUUCGCCGAGGCGGACAACAACAUGAGCGACCUCAUAUCCGAGUACCAGCAAUACCAGGACGCCACUAUUAACGAUCAGGAAUUCGAGGAAGAAGAGACCACACACAACGACGAUAGUGAUGAAUAAGUUUCGACGAUUUAUUUAUUUUAUUUAAUAAAUUAUUUGUAAUUGC